AUAUAUUAGAAGAUAGUUUUAGUAUUGUAAUUUUUCUACAUUUGGUAGGUUCAACGAUUCUACUUUGUACGUCGAGUUAUCAAAUGCUCUUCAGUUUAGCGGAAUUAGAAAGAGUCUAUAUAUUUACAUUCCUUAUAUACGUUUGCCUUUUGUUAUGCACAUUGUUUGGUUAUUGUUACAUCGGUGAAUGUCUCAUCGAGGAAAGCACGAACUUGUGCGAAGCGAUUUAUCAUUGCAACUGGUACGAGUUAUCGACGAUCAAUUUAAAAUCUAUUUGCAUUUGUAUGGUUCGUGCUAGAAAACCACUGCAAUUGACUUGUGCGAAAUUUUGCGUUGUGUCCUUGUGCACGUUUACCGACAUAGUGAAGUCAUCUAUGGCGUAUUUAUCUGUAGUACGAACAUUUGUGUAAACAAAAUAGUGAAACAAUUAGUCUUGAAUAAUUAUUACUGAAAUAUUAUUACUGAUAUGGCGAUGAAAAUUGAAAACAUACUGUAUG